AACAGAGAGAGAGAGAGAGAGAGACGACCAGACGGACGUUUGUUUAAACACCACUACAAGACGGGCUCGGAUAAGACUUUCAAGCUGCAUCCCAUACCCGUUGAACCGUCCUUGAUUCUGGAUGUUGAGGAGGCGCCGGAGCUGUGGGCAUUCUGUUGGUGCUGCGUGGUGCCUGUGCACCCUGGCUGGGACGAGCCUGCGGCCCUGGACCCCCAAGCCGGGACGGGGCACGGGCAGAGCGCCAUGGUAACGCACAGCAGGCUCAACGCCGCCAUGAGCAGCAGCCCCUUCCAAGGCGGAGUACGCCUGCCUGCCCACCGCUACAAGACUUUCAGCUCCAGGGCGCAGUAUCAGAUGGUGUUGGCGGCUGUGCGCAAGCUGCAGGAGAGCGGCUUCUACUGGGACGCUGUGAGUGGGAAGGAGGCCAGUACCCUGCUGAGCACUGAGCCACCUGGCACUUUCCUAGUGCGUGACAGCUCUGACAACCGCCACUUUUUCACUUUAAGCGUGAAGACGGUCACGGGCACCAAGAACCUGCGCAUCCAGUGUGAUGCCUGCUCCUUCUUUUUGCAAACGGACCCACGCAGCUUACAAACUGUGCCACGUUUUGACUGUGUGCUGAAACUCAUACAUCAUUACAUGCCCUCUGCCAGAGAAGCAGGGGCCGUGUCUGUAGUCUCAUCUGGAGUGGACGGUGAAGGUGGCAGCAGUGGAGCAGAUGGGAGUACAUACUUCAUUUACUCUGGAGGAGAGAAAAUCCCACUGGAGCUGCUGCGCCCUCUGGCCUCCAGCAUGUCCACACUGCAGCACCUCUGCCGCAAGACACUUAAUGGCCACAUAGACGUGUCUAGUAAACGGGACCAGCUGCCCCAGUCGCUCCAAGAGUUCCUUCAGGAGUAUGAUGCACCCAUAUAACAACCAUUACACGGUUCUGGAGCACAGAGACUGAACCAGAUAUACAGAACUGUAUGAUGGGCAGUGGUGGAAUUGACCAGCAGAAGCCCACAGGAAGAUGAGCAGUGCAGUGUUAUGAAGCAGUUCAAUAAGUGUGUGAGUUGUCUGCUCUAAGAAGCUCUCAGCAUCACUCAGUAUUGCAGGUCAGCCGUGGCCUACUGUGCCUUCACCCUUUAUACUGUGACCUUUGCAGGGGGUUGCUGUUUGAUGGACAGCACAAAGUAUGUACUCACAUGCAAUGGGAUGAACAGCGGAGCAGCCAGAACCGAAAGCAGAUUACCAGAGGCAUUCUCUUUUAGCCUCCUAC